AUGUCCAAGCUUCGCAUCAGAAAAGACAUCGACACUCUCAGUCACGAUGAGCUUGACACGCUCGUCAAGGCAUUUCAGCACAUCAUCAGCCUGAAGCCAGACGACAAGAAUUCUUAUUUCACCAUCGCCGGCUAUCAUGGCCUUCCUGCACCAAUGUACUGCCAGCAUCGGACUGUGCUGUUUCCAACGUGGCACCGUGCCUACCUCCUGCGACUCGAAAACGCUUUGCGCAGUGCUCCAGGAUGCAGCGAUCUCGCUCUUCCUUACUGGAACGAAACGUCGAGUCCGUCCGUGAAGAGAGGGUUGCCAGAUAUAUUCACUCGGAAGGACUACACCUUCAAAGAUGGAACAUCUGUCCCGAAUCCUUUGUUCUCCUAUAAGUUACAGGAAGAUGUACAUGAUCUGGACGACAAAGGAAAAGACCUAUCCGACGGAUACACGAAACUUAGAGGGUACGACACUGUGCGAUACCCCUACUCGGGACUCGUCAGCUCCGACUUCAGCUCCAAGACCUUGGAACACAAUGUCGAGGUGAACAAGCUGCCGCCUGGACAACCGACUGCGCUCUUAAACGGGAACGUCAUGCGCUGGCUGAAUAUGAAAACAUUUGAGAACUGGGAAGGUAAGACGAUUCCCGCAGGAAUCGCAGACGGCUUCAAGGAGUGCCUCAAUGCCCCAAACUACACUGUCUUCUCGAACACGGACUCGGCUCAAGACUGGAACACGACUGAGGUGAAGGGCGGUUUCGGGUCUGUCGUAGUGUCCCUCGAGGGGCCACAUAACUCCAUGCAUUUGGCCAUUGGCGGGUUUGACGUCCCCGAUCAAGGGAAUUUCAACGUUUAUCCGUUCGCCAACGGCGAUAUGGGCGAGAAUGACACUGCGGCAUUCGACCCGGUCUUCUUCUUCCACCACUGCUUCAUAGAUUACAUGUUCUGGAAGUGGCAGGACAUUCACAACAAGUCCAAACAGCUAGAUAUCAUCCCCGAUCUCGACGGCGCAAAGGGUCUGACCCUCGACACCCCUUUGGAACCAUUCACCAAGGAAGAGUUUAUACUUGGGGACAACCGACCGCUGACAUCCAAUGACGUCACCAACACAGCCAAUCUCGGUUACGAUUAUCCCAGGCCGGAAUUCGAUUCCAUUCUCCCUGGUCCAGACCUAAGAGAAGGACCCAAGAUCACGGCCACUGGCAUCAACCGCGCUCGGAUCCGCGGUUCUUUCGUAGUCUCCACAUGGGCCAAGGGCAAGAACGGUGAGCCAGACAUCCUUCUGGAUACUAAGUCGGUCCUCAGUCGGUGGAAUGUUGAGAGCUGCGAGAAUUGCCAGAAUCACCUAGACGUCAAAUCGCACCGGAAGCUGUAUGGCUUUUCGGACGAAGAGGCGUUGAACACGGAUUUCUAUGCGCUGAUUCAUACGAGAGACAACCCUGAAGGUAUCGACACUAUCGGAGGCAACAAGAUCCAGACCGAGAUUGGAACAGCACAUUGA